AUGAGGUCCUUCAUCGCAUCGACCGCUGCUGUCCUCGCCACUGUGGCGUCGCAGGCUCAAGCUGGAACUGUCAUCUGGUCUGGCAUCUUCAACUCUUCAGCAACUGUCGCUGACUUCGACGACUGGUCCUGGUCGAACGAAAUUGCCCCCUGGCAAUGGUACAUUCACGGUUCUGGUGCUACCUCCGAGUACCUUGCCCUAUCUCCAAGCUACAAAAACCCCGCGGAUACUACCGAUGCUCAAGGAAUCAAGAUCACCCUCGAUGGAACCGCUUUCUGGAACGGUCAGACCAUGGAGCGCUCUGAAAUUAUUCCCCAGACGUCUACCAACCUGGGAACUGGACACCUUUACUACCACUUCUCGCUUUCAACCUCUUCCACCAACCCUCCGAACCCCGGGUUCGAGCAUCAAAUUGCUUUCUUUGAGAGUCACUUCACCGAGAUCAAGUACGGCCUCAUCUCUGGUGAGGCCGGAACGACGGACAAUGCACUCAGGUGGGACGUGAACUCCGCCACUCAAUGGAACACGUCCUUGGUGGCCGGUACCUGGUACAACUUCGCCUACGACAUCGACUUCAGCGCCAACACUGUCGGUCUCUGGGCUUCGACUGGCGGCGACGACCUCACUCAAGUCAUAGAGCCGGUCUCGGCCAGCACUUCUACCAACUCUGAGGACUGGCACAUCGGCGAACUUCGUCUUCCCAAUGGCGGAACCGAUGCCGACGCAGAGGACUGGUACUGGUCUGGCAUUUUCAUCGAAGAAGGCCCCAUCACCACCUCCAUUGCUGGUCCUAACCCCGGUACAGGAGGUUCCGCUGGAUCAUCGAGUGCUUCUGGUUCUGCCUCGAGUACACCUGCACCUUCGAGUACUCCUGCCAGCUCUAGUGCGAGUUCGACUGUCGUGAGCACGACGAGCACUGCUUCUGGGCCUACGCAGACAAAGUAUGGUGCGUAUAAGUCACUUCAAUCUGCUGGUAUGAUGGACGUUUAG